AUGGAUUCCGAGAGCCUUCCUCGCGUGGACCAACGGCAGCCUAUAAUGUCACCAUUCCGUAACGGCCUUGGACCUCGAGGGGAGCAGGGUGACAAUAUGCAGGGUUUAGGAGACAGCGCUCCUUUCGAUUUGGAGGGUAUAGCUGUUAGAGACCUCGCUGACAAUCGCCCCGAGCUAGAUAGAGAGCUCCUUGCGGCAUCACGGGCCCGCCGAAGCGGUACUCAUCACCCUGGCUUCCGGGACCAAAGUCACGGCCGCUGGCAACCGCAAGACGAUGACGAAGAAAAUGAAGUACCGCAGUCUCUUCUUUUGGAACCGAAUGAUUCCCAUGGAAUCCACAGCCCAGGUACCACUCAGGGGGACUCUGGGGAACAUGGGGUACAGGCAAGAGCUACAACCGAGUCUCGUUUCGGGCCUGCACCACCGCUUGAGGCAGCACGGGUCUACGAGGCAAAUAACCCAGCGGAACAUCUGCUUCCAACAUCAACGACAUACCGGCCUCCCCGUGUCACUUUGGGGACGAAAAUCAGUUCAACCCGUGACAAGGCUGCCUGGAGAUGGGUGAACGUAUCCAAUCUAGACCACUUUAUGUUGGACGUCUAUAACUACUACGAAGGAAGCGGAUACUGGUGCAUCCUGACCGACCGAGCCUUGCAUCUUCUCCUCGGACUCUGGGUGUUUGUUUUCUACUUCAUCUGGAAGGUGGUGCAGUUUGUGAUCGAUCUUCGCCGCCUCACACAUCUUCGAGAUUUUUAUGUGUAUCUCCUUGGUAUCCCCGAACAGGAUAUGCAAACCGUAUCCUGGCAGGAUAUUGUAGCACGUAUCAUGGCCCUUCGGGAUGCCCAUGCAGAGACGGCCCGAAACUUGGCUCCUGACACCCGCCGAUACCUCGGGAGCCAGUCGAAAAAGCGUCUUGAUGCUCACGACAUUGCCAAUCGUUUAAUGCGCAGGGAGAAUUAUUUCAUUGCCCUUAUCAACAAGGAUGUGCUGAAUUUCUCGUUACCAGUUCCCUUUGCUGGACGACGCGCGUUUUACUCGCGCACUUUGGAGUGGUAUUUAAAUUUCGUGAUCAUAGACCUUGUCUUUGAUCAUGGAACUCAAGUCAACCAGGAGUUUCUCAAAGCUCAACGGAGGGGGAUCUUAAGCACCAAACUGCGCCAGCGGUUUGUCUUCGCCGGUGUCAUCAACCUGAUAUUCGCUCCGUUCGUACUAGCCUACAUACUAGUCCUCUACUUCUUUAACUCCUUCCUCGAGUUCAAAAGCGAUCCAUCCAAAAUUGGCGCUCGUCGGUACACCCCAUUGGCUGAAUGGAAGUUCCGCGAAUUUAACGAGCUUCCUCACCUCUUCAAUGAGCGUGUCAAUAUGUCGUAUCCCUUUGCCACCCGAUAUCUGGAUCAGUUUCCUAAGCAGAUCACGGAACGUCUUGCAAGAACCGUGGCCUUCAUAUCCGGCGCGCUCGCUGCUGUGCUUACGCUAGCGUCGCUAAUCGACCCCGAAAUAUUUCGAGUAGAACUAACCCCAGAUAGGACUGGUUUGUUCUAUAUCGGCGUGUUGGGUGCAGUCUGGGCAUUCGCGAGAGGGCGGGUCUCGGAGGAUGAAUUAGUCUUCGACCCGGAAUACGGCAUGAGGAACGUCAUCGAAUACACGCAUUAUAUGCCCGACCAUUGGCGCGGUCGGCUUCACAGUUCAGAUGUAAUGCAGGAGUUUUCGGAGCUUUACAAGCUCAAGUGGGUGAUAUUUCUUGAAGAGGUUCUCGGGAUUAUUACGACGCCUUUCAUACUACUCUUCACCCUCCCAAGUUGCAGUGACCAAGUCAUUGACUUCUUCCGCGAGUUUACGAUCCACGUUGACGGUCUUGGAUAUGUUUGCUCCUUUGCGGUCUUUGAUUUCAAGCGCACCGCCGACCAACUCGGAACGGCCGCCGACAAAGACGCCCGCGAAGACUAUUAUUCUACUAAGCAUGGGAAGAUGGCCGCAUCCUACUACGGGUUCCUUGAUAACUACGUGAUAAACCCAAAGACAGGAAUUCCCGGUCAUACACCCCCAGGAAUUCGAGCCACGUUCCACCCACCCCCAGCAUUUCCGCCCCUGAGUUCUCCUCCUUUCAAUACAGAUGCUCACGCCACUCGCCCAGGCCGCGAACGAGAUAAGCCGAGGAGUCGUAUGCCUGGCACACAACCGCCGGGGGGUUGGGCGUCACGUCAUGGGGCUUCUAUACCCGCACCAUCACCGAUGGCUUCCGCACUCCUUGAUCCCCACCAUCAGCCGCUGAUCGGUGCGCCAGGGGGUCGCAGCGUCUAUCGCACGCGCCAAUCCCGAACUGCCCAUGGAGGGUUCUACCCCGGAAUUACGGAAGGGUCUUUUGAAGACGGGACAGAUCAAACAGCUUCUCGGAAAGAAGGGACAGAGGACGAGAGUGGCGGUGACCUGGGCGAGUCUAUGUGGGAGACUUCACCCACCAAAGCACUUAGCCGCGAAAGUAGUACAGCGGUUGAUAGAGAGCCGGAUGUAGGGGUGUUGGAUCUCAUCUAUCAGUUCCAGCAGGCCCAUCAAAGAACCCCUCGGCGACCUUCGCCUCGCGAUUAUUUCGCGGCUGUCACCCUGGCGGCCCUCGGUCCUAAGCCUUUCGGCAAAGCAUCUGAAGCUGCGGCCGACAUGGCCCAGCCAAAUGCCGAGCCCGCAGAGGAAUACGAUUAUGAGUCCCUGCCCCCCAAUUUCUCGCUCCUCCAGAACAUGGUAGCCGGGGCUUUUGCUGGCAUAGCAACCCGCAUGCAAAUCCUUAACCCUACACCUUCAGCCGUCUACAAUGGAGUCAUCCAAGGAACAUACAGGAUAGCGUCAGGGGAGGGUAUCUUGAGCUUAUGGAGGGGCAUGUCCAGUGUGGUUGUCGGUGCCGGACCCGCUCAUGCCGUCUACUUCGCAACCUACGAAGCAGUAAAACAUCUUAUGGGCGGCAUUCAGGCGGGCGUUCACCAUCCCUUAGCAGCUGCAACGAGCGGAGCAUGCGCGACGAUUGCGAGCGAUGCGCUCAUGAAUCCAUUUGAUGUGCCGUUCACUGCCCUCCAAUUCCUUGCAUACGAGUCCAUAUCCACGACGAUGAAUCCCCGGAAGAUAUAUGAUCCCUUCACACACUGCGUUGCGGGUGCAGUUGCUGGGGGAUUUGCCGCUGCUCUCACAACGCCGAUGGAUGUCAUCAAGACCAUGUUGCAGACUCGGGGAACCGCAAAGGAUGUUGAGUUGCGGACAGUAAACGGCUUCGCGGCUGGUUGCCGUCUUCUCUACCGACGAGCGGGCUUGCGUGGCUUCUUCAAAGGAGUACGACCUCGAGUUCUAACCACAAUGCCGAGCACCGCCAUCUGUUGGUCGGCAUAUGAAGCAUCCAAGGCUUAUUUCAUCCGGCAAAAUGACCUAGACGCAGGGGCAGCGUAUCGAGGCGGCUUCGUCACGGCCCAGCAGAAGAAUGUGCACAGCCACUGGUAA